AUGUGGGUCUCUGCCUGGGCUCUGGAGCCCCAGCCCUGCCCCCGGGCCUUUACCAGCGGCCCUGACAAUGUACGGUGGCUUCCGUGUGUGAAGCAGAGCAUCUUAGUGAUUGUGAAGUGUGCCUUCCCUAAGGAGGUGCAGCUGCUCCCAGCUCACCUGCUGCCGCUGCCGGCGGCUGGGGACUCCGGGUCCCGGUCUUUCCGAUCACUUCCGGGUGGAACUCCCGGGCCGCGACCUGCGAUUGGACGACCGUGGACCGGGCACUUCCGGUGCCGCGGUGCGGGGCGCUUUGGCAGGAGAAGGAAGAUGGGAGUCCACAUCUCGCUCCGUGCUUGGUCCCUCUUGUGGCUGUUGCUCUCCUUGCGUGGCCCGGUCUGCGCCAGCGGUCCCCGCACCUUAGUGCUGCUGGAUAACCUCAACCUGCGGGAGACGCACUCGCUCUUUUUCCGGAGUCUGAAGGACCGGGGCUUUGAACUCACAUUCAAGACAGCCGACGACCCCAGCCUGUCCCUCAUUAAGUACGGCGAGUUCCUCUAUGACAAUCUCGUCAUCUUCUCCCCUUCCGUGGAAGAUUUUGGGGGCAACAUCAACGUGGAGACCAUCAGUGCCUUUAUUGAUGGGGGAGGCAGUGUCCUGGUGGCUGCCAGCUCAGACAUCGGCGACCCUCUCCGAGAGCUGGGCAGUGAGUGUGGGAUCGAGUUCGACGAGGAGAAGACAGCUGUCAUUGACCAUCACAACUACGACAUCUCAGACCUUGGCCAGCACACGCUAAUUGUGGCCGACACGGAGAACCUGCUGAAGGCCCCGACCAUUGUUGGGAAGUCGCCCCUGAAUCCCAUCCUCUUCCGGGGCGUUGGGUGAGUGAGCAGGGAGAGCUGCAGGAGCCUGGGGAGCAACUAUGAGCUUGCGGUGGCCCUGUCCCGCUGGGUGUUCAAGGAGGAGGGUGUCCUCCGGGUGGGGCCUGUGUCCCACCACCGGGUGGGCGAGACAGCCCCUCCCAAUGCCUACACUGUCACUGACCUGGUGGAGUACAGCAUCGUCAUCGAGCAGCUCUCCAGCGGCAGGUGGGUGCCCUUCGACGGUGACGACAUCCAGCUGGAGUUCGUCCGCAUCGACCCCUUUGUGAGGACCUUCCUGAAGAGGAAAGGCGGCAAGUACAGCGUCCAGUUCAAGCUGCCCGAUGUGUACGGGGUGUUCCAGUUUAAAGUGGACUACAGCCGGCUCGGCUACACACACUUGUACUCCUCCACGCAGGUGUCAGUGAGGCCCCUGCAGCACACGCAGUACGAGCGGUUCAUCCCCUCCGCCUACCCCUACUACGCCAGCGCCUUCUCCAUGAUGGCUGGUGUGCUUUAA